AUGUGUGGUCAAGUGGUCUGUGCCUCGUGUCGCCAGCACCUCGUUAUCGAGCAGCAUUCCAACAACAGCAGCAUUCUGCACGCGCGCGUCUGCACCGAUUGCCACCAUACCUACUUUAGCGCGACAGAGCGAGCAGACAAUCGUGCAUUGCCGCCAGAGACAGCGCCCGUCAAGCCCCCGGAGACAGCCUCGAUUGAGCUGCCCGACCUGUCGACGCGGCGCCUGUACCAGCCGCGUACGAACACACGACCACCCCAGCGCCCAACGCGCAAGUCCGCCUUCGAGUCGCCGCGGCGACAGUCCACUACGCCUAAGAAGCGGGCGUGGCCGUACCAUUGGUGCCCGCCACCGGUCGUGGUCCACGAAGGCAAGCGGGUGCGCGUGCUCCAGGAUCUGCGCCUUCUCGACACACCGCCAUCCGAGAUCUACGAUGUGCUCUGUGCCCUCGCCGCAAAGACGUAUGCAUGCCCGAUCGCCGGCGUCACCUUUCUCGAUGCCAAGCGGCAGUGGUUCAAAGCGCGCGUCGGUCUCAAGCAGUCGGAGAUUUCGCGUGACGUGGCACUCUGCGCCCACGCCAUUGCAUCGACGGCGCCGCUCGUGGUCCUCGACGCGACGCUCGACGACCGCUUUCGUCAGAACCCGCUCGUGACUGGCCCCGCGAGCUUUCGGUUCUUGGCCAGUGCGCCGGUUUGCGUUCGCGGGCACGUUGUCGGCACCGUCAUGGUCGCCGACACGCACGUGCGGCCAGUGUGCGACGCGACCGACCUCGUGCAGCUCGCUCAU